CCACUGUAGUCCCAAGCCGGCGUGACCAUUCCAAAUCUUCCGCACCCAUCUCUCGCCGCCUCGCCUGCACCGGAGACUGGCCCUAGUGCCCGCGCGCCUGCGAGGUAUCGAACACCCAAAGAUGGCAAUGGCAACCUUCACAUCAUCCCCAGUUCUCUGCAGCUUCAGGACCAUCGAACAGAAGAAGGCCCCUCUGCUGAACAACAGCACAAAACGGCCGCUUCACUUGGGCUUCCCAAGGAGCGUGCCGACGUCGCCGAGCUUGAGAGAGAGGCUAGACCUGCGCGUCGCCGCUGUCUACAAGGUGAAGCUCCUCGGCCCCGAAGGGCAGGAGAGCGUGCUCGACGUGCCAGAGGACAGCUACAUCCUGGACGCUGCCGAGGAGGCCGGUCUCGACCUGCCCUACUCCUGCCGCGCCGGCGCGUGCUCCACGUGCGCCGGCAAGCUCCUGGAGGGCUCCGUCGACCAGGCAGACCAGUCGUUCCUCGACGAGGCGCAGGUCGGUGCCGGGUACGCGCUCACCUGCGUCGCGUACCCGACGUCCGACUGCGUCAUCCAGACGCACAGGGAGGAAGACUUGUACUAGACCGGGCUGGUCCCCGUGCAUGGAUCAACCUUGCACUUCCAUUCAGAUUCGAUCUUUGAGUUAUUGACACUGUCCUUGGCACACGCUGUUGCGGUUGCAGCUUGCUAGAACUAAUCGUCGUCCAGAUAAUUUGGCAUGAUGACCAAGUGCAGGUUCUUGUG